GUACAUCGUGAGUUACUGUGACAAUUUCCACAUUGAUAUCGCCCAAAGGCGUACUUCUUGACGACAUAUUGUGUGAUCGUGCCUUCAAUAAUGGGGCCGCUGUGUUUUUUCUCUGAAUAUAUUGCUAGCUUUACCGCCCGUCAAUUUCACCCCGCCCACAGUAUUCAGCACGGAACUGCCUCCAGAGCGUGCUUUACAGUUCUACCAACCAUGAGCCCCUUUGCCUUCAUUAUCGCAAUAGUUGCCAUUGCGCGAUUCGCAACGGCAUAUCCUCACGGUGCCAGCUCAGCUGUUCAGUUACCCUCACCGACUAGAAAUCCCGAAAAACAGUCAGCUAGCGCAAGCGCCACCCCGACCCCGAACGAAGCUUCCCUACCAGAUAGCGCAAACCCAAUUCAAGGACUGCGCCCGGCGUUAGACGACGCUCCGCGGGACAGUCCAGUCCCGACACGCGAUCAGGGCUCAGGAAGCGGGAAUAUAGUCCCAACGGUGAGGGAUGUGUAUGGUACGAGAAGAACUCUAUAUCCUCCCUUUUUUCUUGACUAGGGCACAUAGGCUCAUACAUUCCUUCUAAGGUAGACUCCUUUAGCGGUACCUGGAGUUCUGGACUAUUCAAAUAUACAAUAUAUUGGCUAUUCUUUCUCCUAGCUAUUCUCUUAAACCUAGUAGCGGUACGCUGCUCCUCACGGGAAAUCAUCGAAAUCAAAGCUUGCUGGUCCCGUAAGAAGCGGAACAAGGAGUGUCCCGAAGAAACCCAGCCUGAAAACCCUGAAGGAGCGCAGCUUGUGAAGAAUUCACUCCGCGAGACUCAGCGGGUCGGAGGGGAGCCCUUGGCCGAACUUGACGCUCCCUCUGCCUAUUAUUGCACGCCUCCCACUCGGUUGCCUCUCGCUACUAUCGCCAAGUACCGGUAGUGCUAGUAUACCGACCCAUUAGGUAUUACUUUCAACAAAACCCGUAGACCCCACAGAGGCUACAGUACCACCCCCUCCCAGCGUUCAACCCGUCCUCAAUACCUCCACAGCCCGAUCCUCUCGUUAAUACAGCCGCGUUGGUAGCGUUAGUAUACCCUUUCGGGUACCUCCGGCCCUCCGGGACGCUCCUCUGACAUGAUAUUCAGUAAAACAACCUGUCAUGGGUUUCCGGUAUCCGGAGGCAUAUCCGAAAAGCAAUUACACAAAAGUCCCCCAAUACUCUCUUAUUGUUAAUAGCCACUUUUACAGCUCUUGCGGGCUCUCCGAACGGGUGUAUACUUCGGGGCCGAUAGUACGAUUUCUUGUUACCCCCCUUUUUUCUUUUUUACUGUACUAUAUCCCCCGAUCACCAAAAGAAAAUGCAAUACAUACAUAGGUCAUUCCCUGGGGGAAUGGCCGAAUACAUACC